AUGUCAGCUUCAGAAAAUACCCAUCUUGUAGAAACAACUAGUGCUCCAAGUAGUGAUACUCAACAACAAAAUGUUACUCAACUCACUGAGGCACAAUCAACUAAUGUUUGGAAUGUUAUAUUAUGGUAUUUCUUUGAAAUUAGUUACCAUUUUUAUAAUUGUAUUGUUAAUGUAACUGUUGGUCCGUCAUUACAAUUAUUAUCAAUAUAUGCAGGAUAUGAAAAUUCGACUGGUGUUCAAAUGACAACUGUUUGUAAUGCUGUUGCUAAUUGUAUUGCUAUGGUUGCUUCUCCUUUUGUAGGAGGUCUUAGUGAUUAUUAUUCAUUUCGUAAAGGUGCAGUAUUAAUUUGUGCAACUACAUAUUAUACAUGUUUUUUGAUUGCUGGUGUAUUUUAUUAUCAUUUUUGGUUACUUUGUAUAUUGUUUUGUAUUGCAAGAACAUCUUUUGAGUUAGUACGUUUGUUCUACGAUUGUCAAAUUCCAUAUAUUAUGGACCAAAAAAAUAGAACAUUAGCACAAAGUGUUGGAGGUGCAGUUUCUUUUACUGGUGCAAUUCUUGCUAUUGGUGUUUCAUUUUGUUGUUCUCUUGUUUGGGGAAACUACUCAAAUGUUAAUCAAUUACAAAUUACACAUGCAGAACCUGAUUUUGGUCCAUUAAGACAAUUAAUUUUAUUUAACUUUUUCCUUGGUGGAUAUGUCUUCUUACCAUAUGUCUUUAGUAUAGAAAAAAGUACUCCACCAGCUAAACGUUCUGUUAUACAAACAUUAAAAGUUAUUGGAUUAGAUUUGAUUGAUUCAUUCAAAAAUUAUUUUAAGAGUAGAGAUUGUGUAUUUAUGUUUAUUUCAUGGUGUUGUACAUUAUCUGCAUUAAGUGUUGUAAAUGGAUUAUUUGUUGUUUUACUAACAACAAUGUGUGGAAUGAAAAAAACUGCAACAGAUAUUGUAUUCUUAGCUUUAAAUGUAACUGCAUUACUUUGUGGUGUUCCAUGGGCAUUUUUCUUACAUAAAUUUGGACCAAAGAGAGCAUUACAAUUAAUGUUGAUAUUGUUAUUCUUUGGAAUGGGAUGUCUUGUUCUCACUGGAAUGAAAGUUUCAAGUACUAAAAUACUUUCACAAUGGAUUAUUAUCCCAACAAUAAUAUUUAUUGGUCCAGCAUUUAGUGUAGUUUAUACUGCUUCACGUCAAUUAGUUAUGGAACUUGCUCCUGUUCAACAAUUAGCACAAUUUUCUGCUGUUACUCGUAUUGCUGCAAGAGCUGGUGGAAUGGUAUUCCCAUUAAUCUUCUCAACAAUAGUAAAACAACUUUGUGCACAUGCAUUUUCUACUAGCAAGUAUAAAUACAAUUAUGCAUAUCGUAUUGCUCAAAUCCCUGUGUUUAUUCUUCUUAUUGUUGCUUUCUUCUUUAUGUGUUUAGUUAAAAAUCAUCAUAAAGAAUAUGUCUCUGGUAAACGUGCACCAUAUUCUAAAGAAACUGAUAUUGAAUUAGCUGAUGCCGAACUUCCUUCAGAACAACAAAAUAAAGAACAAGAGGAAGGUGAAGACGAAAAAGAAGAAAUACCAACUUUAGUUGAAUAA